AUGGGGCCAGACAAACGAUUUCCAGUGAGCACGAGAUUUGUGAGGCGAUUUACUCCGAGAAUGGUUAUGGGGCCGGAUAAGGAAUUGAAGCUGAGAUCGAGAAAUUGGAGGGUGGGAGGAAGUGGAGGGAUUUGGCCGAUGAAGAGAUUCCGGGAGAGGCUCAAGGUGGAAAGAUUGGUGAAGAGUGAAAGGGAAGGAAUUCGGGCGGUGAAUCGGUUUCCGCUGAGGGACAAAGCGUUGAGUUUGGUGGGGAGAGUGGGAGGAAGGGGACCCGAAAGGGCAUUAUCGUCCAAAACGAGAGUUGUCAAGCGGGAGAGACGGAAAAAGGCCUGA